CUCUGUGCGAAGUGUUGGAGACCUCUGGUUCCUGCGGAGCCUCCUUCAGUUCCUAAACGAUUAUCACGUCUUCUUGAAGUCUUGGAGAUUCCUGGGUCCUGCAAAGCCCUCUUCAGCUCCCGAAGGCCUCUGGAGAAACCCCCAUUGGAUUAACAUGUCUUCUCGAAGCCCCACGACUCCUAGAUCCAGUGCAGACGUCUCCAGGGAAUGGAAUCUCCUUAUGCAUUCUGGAGCAAGUGUCAUUUUCAAAAGCUAACCUAAGUGACAGUGUGAGGUAUAACGUAUAACAUAUAACAAUGCCUGUUGCUGUUAUUAGUAUUGUGUUGAAAGGUGGUAUGGCUCAGUUCCUGAGUGGAGCUUUGACAUUAUCGUUUAUAACCAUUUGCGCUCUUCCUUUACUUGCUGUACGCAAUUUGUGGAGGAAGAGAGGCAAGGACCAACCAAGGAUGGAAAUUCUGGACAACGAAGUGGCUGGUUUGCGCCGACAAUUGGAUGCCGCCCAGAGGAGGAACGACAACCUAAAGGAAAUUCUUUUGGAACGAGUCAGGAAGGAGUGUGGCAAGCUCUUGUCGACCAAAGAGGUGGAAAAUGCAGUCUUGCAGGUCCAAGACCUUUUGGACAUGGCCGAGGAGGCAGAGGCUAGAGUUCUGGAAGUAGAGGCCAAGAUGGAGGCUAUCUGCCUAGAGAACCAGAGCCUGCAGAGGAAGGCACUAGAGGACCAGCAGGCUUUGGCCAAUCAUCAGAAGGAAAUACUAGAAUUGAGAGAAAGUCAGGUUGCAGAGAAAAACGAUCUUUUGCAGAACAAGAAGGAUAUUACUGAACUGAAAAGACAAAACGCCUCGAAACAGGAAAAGUUAUUGGAAUAUGAGAGGAAGAUCCAAGAGCUACAGAAAGAAAUGGCUGGAAAAAAUGAACAGAUAGAGGGGCUCUUGGUGCAAGAUACCAACAAGCAAAUGGAACUGGAUGAACUUCGUAAGAAACUAGAGGCGAAGGCGAAAGAAUCUGUCAACUGCAAUGAAAUCAAAGAGCAAUUUGAGAAAAUAGCAGUUGAAAAACAACGAGAAAUCUGUGAGCUUCGAAGAGAGAUAGAAGACAGACAUAGUGAUAUAUACAAGCUUGUUUUUUGUGAGAAGGAAGUUCAGUGUCUCAAGAGGGAAUUAGAAGAAAAGCAAUUGGCUUUUGAUGAACUUGUAAGCCAAAAUGAAAGAAAUGAAAAAAAUUUAAUUGAAAAAGUAAGGGAAAAACAAAAAGAAAUUGAUAAACUUCGAAAGGACGUGGAAGACAGAGAGAAAGAGAUGGACAUGUAUUUUCAAAAGGAGAAGGAAAUGAAUGAUUUUAAGGAAGAAUUAAAAGACAAGAUAUUACUUUUCGAUAGAAUUUUGAGUCUAAAUGAAAGACAUGAGAAAGUAGUAGUUGAAAAACAAAAAGAAAUUAAUGAACUUAAAAAGCAAUUGGAAGACAAAGAUAGGGAAAUGGACAGGCGUAUUCAAUACGAGAAGCUCAACAAAUGUGGUCAGAUCACUGGAAAAGAAGACAAAGUAGAUCCUCUCGAGGAGGAACUUGGGGAGAAGGAACAACACGAGAUUGAAGAGCUCCUGAAGGAGUUGAAGAAGAAGCAGCGGGAGAUUGAGGAGCUUUCGUGUCAAAACCUGAGACAAGAGGAUGAACUACAAACGAAGCAGAAGGAAGUUGAACUGAUUAAGAACCUGAUGGAACAAGAUCGGGCCCAGCACUUGGAGUACGUUGAAUCUUGCUUUAAGGAAAUAAACGAGCGCAUAGGCAAGAAGAUCACAGAGAUGGAGGUAGAGGUCUUUUGUCUACGCGAAGAAGUUCAGCAGAAGAACAGAUUGCUGAAGGAACUUGGAGUCCCGUUGGAAAUUCUCAACGAGGAGCCGGGACAAGUGGAGGAUGAAAAAGGAAGCUCGUCUUCAACAGCUGGUUGCUGAGGAUGAGAUGCAAGACCAGCUGUGGAGACUUGAAAAGUCCUGUCAGCCCUGGGAGUCAGUCAGUCAUUCAGGUGAUGGGAAGCAGAGUGGCGCCGAAGGACCAGAGGAGAGGGAGAUCAAGGAUGUAGAUGUAUAGGUUUCCUUGAACAGAGCCAGAACAAGAGAGUAAAAUUAUACAGAGCAUUACCUCUGGAGUAAUAUGUAUAUGUAUGUAUAUUACACAUCACCACA